UUCUUCUUCUUUCUCUGGAGGUCUAUGAGAAGAGUGUCGAAUUUGGUCAACUAAAAAUGGAAUUCGCUACGUGAGGCUUAUUUGAUCGAUUAUUCGUUUCGUAAUGUUUAUGUUGUUACACAUUCUGAUAUAGGUGGGUGCACGUGGCAUUCCAGUAACUUUGAGAAAAACGAUUUUAUAUCAGUUGUGUCCGUCGUUCACACGCGAAUCUGCCCUCUCAUUGGCUAGAAUGUUCCCACCUGAUCGCGCCUCCCUUCUACCUUUGCGGACAUGUAAUUCCAUUGUUAGAGCGGUCAGUCGACUAUCUUGUCAAUAUAGAUAAUAUUUGAUUUAAUACAUGUCUUGACUCCCUCCUCUUUAUGUGCUGCGCCAUUUCGUGCAGGGUGUAACCAGUUUCUUAUAGCUACAAGAAGUCUACAUCAGCACUAUAUUGACAGAUUUUGCUGAAAUAUAAGUCAUUUUAACCUUUAAGCUCCUGUAUAAGUCGUGGGGCGAAGUUCUGCGUUCUGAGAGGGUGCUGAUGAAGUUGUAGUUUUUGCUGAGAGCACCCAAGACACCUGGCCGCACACACUGGCCCUGCGCUCAGUGUCAGAACUGACUGACUGACAGACGAUCGCCCUGCACACAGACACUAUGGAUCUGUCCCCCACCACCAGCAGCCUGAUGGCCAGCAACGUGACCAACAAGACGGACCCGCGCUCGCUCAACUCGCGGGUCUUUAUCGGGAACCUCAACACACUCCUGGUCACCAAGGCAGACGUGGAGGAAAUCUUCAGCAAGUAUGGCAAGAUCGUGGGCUGUUCUGUGCACAAGGGCUUUGCCUUUGUCCAGUUCGCCAACGAGAGAUGUGCCCGGGCCGCUGUAGGGGCUGAGGAUGGACGCAUGAUCGUGGGACAGGUGCUGGACAUUAACUUGGCUGGAGAACCCAAACCCCACAGGUCAAAGACCGCAAAGCGCUCGGCGGGAGACAUGUACAGGUCUGAUUCAAUUAGUCCCACAUUUGAUCUGGACUAUGACUUCCAGAGAGAUUACUAUGACCGAGUGUACUCGUACCCAUCCCGUGUGCCCCCUCCUCCUCCACCCUUGUCCCGAGCAGUGAUCCCAUCCAAGCGCCCGCGGGUCAGCAUGACUGGAGGGGGUAGCCGCUGCACCAAGGCCAGUUUCUCCUCUUCCUCCAAGAGCAGCCAGAGGGCAUCCUCAAGAACAAUGAAAACAGAUGACCUGCAGACCAUCAAGAAGGAGCUGACAAUGAUUAAACACAAAGUAGACUACCUGCUGGAGAGCCUAGACCGCAUGGAGAAGGACCACAGCAAGAAGUCAGAUGAGAAGGGUGCAAAGCCUGAGCCUGGAGAGGUUUCCUCACAGCAGCACUGCAGCAACAAGGAGGAGAGCAUCAAGAGGGAGAGGGAGGAUCUCAACGACUCUGAGGAGGAGGGGGAUCUGCUAGAAGAGGAGGAGGUGAAGAGUCAACAAAGAGAGGAGGAGGAUGAUGAUGAAGAGGAGGAAGGAGAGCAUGUGGAUGGAGACGACGAUGGUGACAGUGUCAACGGAGAUGAGGACUCUUAGACCACACGCAGACUGAUGCACACUUGUACAGACAACACAUCCACAUGGCUUCCAGUGGCUCCUCCGACUCCUAUUUUAAUACCCGCACUACUACGAAACGUGAGAAAACGUCAAUGCACACACUCAGAGAACACCUGCCCCCACUACCACCCUUCCGUUGUCCCACAGGUCUUUUAUUUUUCUUGAUGCAAUUUAGUUUAUCCCUGUUUCAUCCCACUCCUAUCAUUGUGUUAUUCAUUUAGAAUUGUCUUGCAGCCAGGUACAUUGAAACUAGAUGUAGAGAGAGAGCGGUAUGAAGUGAUUUGCUGUGCUACUGUUCCUCUUUUGACCAGCAGAGAGCAGAAAUGGCUGUUCUCUGACCUGAGCCACAAGUCAAACCACCACAUUGGCUUUACUAGCAUUGGUAAUCAAGCGAUGACGACAACUUUUAAAGAUUUAGUGAAUGUUUAAAGAAAAAUCUUCUUUUUUUAAAUUGCCCACUUGAGUUUGUAUGUUCCUGAUUUUCAUGUCAUUAUUCUUUUAUACUACUUGGUCUAAGUUGUACUGUAAUAAUAAAUUGCAAUUAAAUACUCAAA